GUGCGGCCGCGCUAAGUGUCAUUGUCACUUUAGUCAGUCGGGUCGGACGGAUCAUUGGUUUUUACUUUUUAGGAGAAAACCAAAUUGCGAAGUUAAUUUCGUAAAAAAAGCUGCAUUAAUACUAAGUAUAUAUUGUUUAUUAAAUAAAUACAAUCUACUUUGAAAAUGGCAAAACCCAAAACCGAGGAUGCUGCAGAAGAUGCGAAGAAGAUUGUGGAUGAUGCAAAAAAUUUUAUUGAAAAAGCUAUUUCUGAUAUAGGAAAAACUUCAGCAACUAAGCAGUUACUUUUGGGGACUGCAUCCGGAUGGAUAACAGGCUUCAUGACAAUGAAAAUUGGAAAAGUGGCAGCUGUGGGUAUUGGCAGUGGAGUAAUUUUGCUGCACAUAGCUAGCCAAAAGGGCUACAUUGAUAUCAACUGGGAUAAAAUCAAUAAGAAUGUUGAUAAAAUCAGUGACAAGAUUGAAAAGGAGACAACAGGGAAAUCACCUGCCUGGAUGGAAAAAGUUGAAAGAUUUGUGGAUCGUAAGUUGGAUAAAGCUGAAGAUUUGCUAAAGAAAAAAGAAAUCAAAGCUAAGCGUUGGUAUAACAACUUUACUGGAGACGAUCACUACCGUGCAACUGAAACUCAUGUCUUUUUGGCUUCCUUUAUGGCGGGAAUGGCCAUCGGUCUUAUUUGCGGCAAAUAAACUCCCCUGCUCUAUAUUACACCGGUGCACUUUAUGAUGAAUGAAUGAAACUUCUUACCUAAAUUUACGAUUUUUUUAAACUAUACAAAUCUAAUUAAUAAACAAAAACCAAUUCCUUAAGUACCAUUAUACCCAGUACUACUUUAUUCCACAUAAUAUCACUAUGUUACACCGUAUGAUAUUAAUUAGGUUAGAUGAUUAUAAAUUUAGGAACAAAAUGUUAGGUAAGUACGUAUCUCAUUUUGUUAAAAAGAGUCCAGCCGAGUCAAAUGUAGUGUGAACUUGCACAACUAUGUAGUUAUACGAUGCCAGAUAUGUAUAGUUGGCUCUAAGGAUAUAUAUAAAUCAAUGUAGAAUAAAUAAUAAUUGUUAUCCAAAAUAUUGAAAUAUUAUUAGUUGAUUAAUCAUAAAAAAAUAUACGAUACAUUUAUAGCUUAAUUUAAUUCCCAAAUUUGAAGCUCUAAUGGUAUGUCACCAUGAUGAGUAACUUUGAUUUGAACAUCGAUGUUAAGAAGUAAUGACUAGUCAUUUUUACUUAUAGUAUGUACCUAUGUCUCUAAUAAUUUUCGUUUCCUAUGAGUAUAAUUCCUCAAACUCAGACUGAACAAAGGCAAUUUUGCUAGCUUAGUUGCUGGCAAGAGCCAGCAAAAACUAAUAUUAAAUUUAUAAGUGACUUUUCUCAUCACUAUAAAACCAAUUAAUAUCAAAAGGACAACUGACAAAGGCAACCCUUAGUACCUAUAGGGCCAUUUCCAUGUGAUGUAUAAGUAUUAUUAUUUUAUUGGCGCGUGAUUUUGCUUAGUCUUAGUUCUUAUUGCUUGUAUUUUUUACUAUUAUACUAACAUCGUAAAAA